UGAUACCCUACUUUAUAAUACUCUUAGUAUGUGGCGUACCAAUGCUUUUUAUGGAACUUGCUAUUGGACAGUACACCGCUCACGGCCCCAUUGGGGCGCUCUCACAAAUAUGUCCAUUAUUUAAAGGUGCUGGCUUAGCAAGCGUGAUGAUCUCUUUCCUAAUGUCCACGUAUUACGCAGUGAUUAUUGCAUGGGCAAUUUAUUACUUUUUCACGUCUUUUAAAUCGGAAGUUCCGUGGGCUAGUUGUUCAAAUAGGUGGAAUACACACCAGUGUUGGAUGCCAAACCAUAACAUAACUAAACCAAAUGGAUCUCAAACUCCAACAGAACAAUUUUUUGAAAAAACAGUCUAUAUAAUAAAUAAAUUUAAAAAAAAAGUUAACAACAUUGUCUUAUACAGACAGUAA